AUGAGAGAAAUCUUACACAUCCAAGGUGGACAAUGCGGUAACCAGAUCGGCGCCAAAUUCUGGGAAGUAAUAUGCGACGAGCAUGGAAUCGAUCACACCGGAAAAUAUAACGGAGAUUCCGAGCUCCAACUUGAGCGGAUUAAUGUCUAUUACAACGAAGCCAGUGGCGGAAGAUACGUUCCACGCGCCGUCCUCAUGGAUCUUGAACCCGGUACCAUGGAUUCCGUUAGAUCCGGUCCGUUUGGGCAGAUCUUCCGUCCGGAUAAUUUCGUAUUCGGUCAGUCCGGUGCCGGAAAUAAUUGGGCGAAAGGUCAUUAUACCGAAGGCGCCGAGCUUAUAGAUUCUGUCCUUGACGUUGUUCGCAAGGAAGCUGAGAAUUGCGAUUGCCUUCAAGGGUUUCAAGUGUGUCAUUCUUUGGGAGGUGGCACGGGUUCUGGUAUGGGAACUCUUUUGAUUUCGAAGAUUCGAGAAGAAUAUCCUGAUCGUAUGAUGUUGACGUUUUCGGUGUUUCCUUCGCCUAAGGUGUCUGAUACGGUUGUGGAACCGUACAAUGCAACACUUUCUGUUCAUCAGCUUGUUGAGAAUGCGGAUGAAUGUAUGGUGUUGGAUAAUGAGGCUCUUUAUGAUAUUUGCUUCAGGACUUUGAAGCUUGCUACGCCCACAUUUGGUGACCUUAACCAUCUCAUUUCCGCAACCAUGAGUGGAGUUACUUGUUGUCUACGUUUCCCUGGACAAUUGAACUCAGAUCUGCGUAAGCUUGCUGUCAAUCUCAUCCCAUUCCCGCGGCUCCAUUUCUUCAUGGUUGGGUUCGCACCCUUGACAUCGAGAGGAUCCCAGCAGUAUCGUGCUUUGACUGUACCUGAAUUGACUCAGCAGAUGUGGGAUGCCAAGAACAUGAUGUGUGCUGCUGAUCCACGCCAUGGCCGUUAUUUGACUGCAUCAGCAAUGUUCCGUGGUAAGAUGAGCACAAAGGAAGUUGAUGAGCAGAUGAUCAAUGUGCAAAACAAGAACUCUUCUUACUUUGUCGAGUGGAUACCUAACAAUGUCAAGUCCAGUGUGUGUGAUAUCCCACCUAAGGGCCUUAAGAUGGCAUCUACAUUCAUCGGUAAUUCAACUUCAAUCCAGGAAAUGUUCAGGAGAGUUAGUGAGCAGUUCACAGCUAUGUUCAGGCGCAAGGCUUUCUUGCAUUGGUACACUGGUGAGGGAAUGGACGAAAUGGAAUUCACCGAGGCUGAGAGUAACAUGAAUGAUCUUGUUGCUGAGUAUCAGCAAUACCAGGAUGCAACUGCUGAUGAAGAAGAGUAUGGGGAGGAGGAAGAAGAGGAGAUUGGUGCUUAA